AUGAUUUGGAAACGUGGAAUCACUUCAUUAGCUAGCGAACAGCCUAUAGUAAACAGUUUAAAUCAACCAGAAAUAUCCAAAAGCAUCAUAACCAGGGCUAGUAAAGAUAUCAACAAAUCUAGAAGAAAGGCGCAAGUUACUCCUGUAAUAAAAAGUAAAUCACCAACAUCCGAAAAAAUUCCAGAAAAUGUCAGUUUGGAUAAGCAUUUACGACUGCCUCCUCUAAAUCCUGAAAAUAAAACAGUAACUGUAAAUAUGUCCAACAGAAUUAAAAGUGAAUCAGAGAACUCCCAAGACAAAGAGAUUGUUGGUGAAUCUUGCAGACUGUUACCACUAGUUGGAGUAAAUAACUUGAAUUCUUCCAUUCGUAGUCAUAAAAGUUCCCAUAAAUUAGGCAGUGGUUUAUCUAGCCGUAUGGAAAAUAAGAGUUGUUCUUCCAGUUCAAAAGAAACUAAAACACCACAAUCUAAUGUUCAGUCUUUCAGAAAAUCAAAGAGAAACUUACUUAACUUCCAGCCUCAUAAUUCCACUAAAUUAUUGACAUUAAGGCCAUCUUAUAAAACCAUCAAAUGUUCGGUAACUGGUACACCUUCGAUGGCCAGUCGUCGAUUAUUGGAACUUGAUCAGUGGUUAAAUAGCAGGCCAAAAACUACACCAUCAAAAGAAGGUAAAAAAUAA